AAGCGCACCCUAUUUGUAAGGAAAUGUUUACCCAAUACCAGCUUCUGCACACCCUUGCACUGGUGGUGGUGGCCCAUGCCUCCUCAGUAUCUGGCUCCUUAGAGCUCCUCACCUUUACACACACGGACCCUGCAAGCGGCCAGACGCUGCAGUGUCACCGAUGCAAGGCUGGACACUACAUGAGGGCCCCCUGCACCCCUCGCGAGCAGACCCUCUGUCUGCCGUGCCCCGAGAACCACUACACCCAGUUUGACAACUACCUGCCCAAAUGCCUCUACUGCUCCACCUUCUGUGGGGAACACCAGGUGGUGGCCAGGGAGUGUUCGGCAGUCAACGACCGUGUGUGCGAGUGCAAGACGGGCUAUUACAUGCUCGCUGACUUCUGCGUCAAGCACAGAGACUGCCAUCCAGGACAAGGCGUUAAACAGAGAGGUAAUGGGGUGCGAAACACAGAGUGUGAGGAGUGUCCAUCCGGCACGUUCUCUGAUGAGAAGUCGUCCACUGCUCCCUGUGUCUCUCACACCGGCUGUGCAGACAGGCGAGUGGCCUUACAGGGAACGGAGUGGCACGACAACAUCUGCAUGUCCUGUCAUGAACAAAAGGCCCAAGGUGUCCUGGCUCCACUGAGGCCCAUCCUCUCCACCUUCCUGAGCUACAAGAGGCUGCGGCUGGGCAAGCUGCGGAAGCUGGCCAGGAACACCCAGGGGCUGCGGGUGGAGCGCAGGCAGGUCAGCCGGGGCAGACGAGGCAACAACGACGUCUACUUCCCCCCCUCCGUAGAGCGCUCCAGGCUGCUGACGGCUGUCCACCAGUGGGCCGAGAGCGCACCGGAGUCAGUGCUGAGGCAGCUGGUGCACAGGCUGAAGGAGGAGGUGUUCGACACGGGCCUGGAUCUGGAGCUGCUGAUCAGUGACAUUGAGGAGCAGAUGAGACUGUGUGAUGCUGAGGAGGAGAGGAGUCACUUGAAUCACUUGAUUCGCCAUCAUCACCACAGAGGCAACUCCACACAGUUAUUAUAAUAAUUAAUACCACUGUAAAAGACUAAUUUGAAGAAGGCUACUUGAAUACGGUGGCUACUUGAAUAUGAAGACGAGACUCUGCUGUGGCCAAACAGUAGGGCACUCGUCUACCACGCAGCUGACCCGGGUUCGAUUCCCGGCCCAGCUCCUCCCCGUCUCUCUCUCCCCACUCGCUUCCUGUCACCACCUUCACUAUCCUAUCAUAAAUUAAGUGAAAAAGACCAAAAAAUAUAUAUCUUUUAAAAAAGAAUAUGAAGACGAAUAUGAUGGCUACUUCACUUGCGUGCCUAGAAAAAACAAAAAAAUACUGUCCACUUGCACUUGGCCCACAGUCGUUCAUCUCAUUUCAAAUGUUUUGAAUGAAGUUUAUUUUGACAUGUUUUGAUAAGAUCUCUGUUAUGAUUGUUGUCAUUUUCAACAGAAAAUAAAUAUCAAU